GUCACUCUUUUCUCUCUUUGCAGGCUGGUUCCUCCCUCUUCCCUCUAGUCGACAACAAGAACAUUUCCUCAGUCCACUGCAGUACUCCAGCAUGUCAACAUCAAGGGGACCAUGUCAGAACCAGAAGCAAGUUCAGCUUCCUUCGCGUGUAAAGCUCGUAACAUGGAACGUCGACGGAGCGUCCUCUUCCGACUCUAAACUAGCAUAUGAAAGCCUAUCCUCCGCUCUUAGCCUUAUCAAGCUCUGGGUGGAUGGCAAGCCUGCUAUUAUUUGCCUACAAGAAGUACACCGGGAUUCACUCCCUGCUCUCGGGAACGAUCCCUGGGUACGCAGCGAAUUCUCCAUCCUGCACCAACCCGGACAGAGGUACGACAACCUCGUGCUCGUUAGCCUUUGCCUGUCCAUAUCGCACGCAUUCGUGAUCGACUUCCCCAAGUCCGCAAUAGGUCGUCGAGCGCUGUUUGUUGACAUCCCCCUCUCUGCUGGAUCUGGAAAGCGAUUUUUGAGGAUAGCGAAUACCCACCUUGAGUCGCUUAACCAAUCUUUGGCUCGCCGUGCCCAGCUAGCACUCGUCGCACGGUACCUCUCUCUGCCUGAGGUGGAAGGGCUAGUAUGUGGGGAUAUGAACGCCAACUCACCUGCGGACGAGGAGUACCCGCCCGAGCUGGGGCUGGAAGACGUCUGGACUGUUGUGAGGCCGGGGGAAGAGGGUUUUACGUGGGGGCAUGCACAGUGGGAAGGGGAGACGUGGCCUCUGGGGAGAUUCGACAAGGUGUUCCGAGCGAGAGGCGUGCGGGUGGUCGAGGGGAUCGAGCUGAGGGAAGGGAGGGGAGAAGGCUCGUGGGUGAGCGAUCAUCAUGCGCUCGUUGUGAAUCUGAGGCUUGGUUGA